GCACCGGCGUGACGAAGUCCCGGCUGUCCGCCGCCGGUCAGACAUCCAUCCCCGGCUCUGCAACAGUGGGGGGUGCGCGCGCCAUGUCAGGCAUGGACCCUUCAGGGGCGGCGAGUGGGCCUUCGGGAAACCGUGGAAGGAAGCCCCGUGCCAAGACCAAUAAGCUCGCCGAGGAUGGGCUAGAUAGCUUCAUGGAGCGACAGGUGGCUGACGCUCGGGCACUCGCCGAUCAGAAACGUGAAGAGGACGAGAGGAGGCGGGCGGCGGAAGCUAAAGGAGAAGUAGGGAGGAGGCAAGAGCUCCUGAACAUUAUGGCCCACCAGAGGGCAAUGCGGGAAGAUGAAAGGAAACACGACAGACAAGAGAGUGAAGUGGAGAGGGCGGCUGCACGGGCAGAGCAAAAGGUAGAUCGUGGUCACCAAAUCAGGAUGACCCAACUCCAGGUUGACCUGGCGAAGGCGAAGGGCAACAAUAACUAGCUAGCUGGUUGGGGUUGCUGUUGCUGCAGUUGCUAGGGCAUGCGUUCCAUGUGUUUUUUUUUUUUUUUCAACAGCAGGCUCUUCAAAAAAAUAUCGUGGCGUCCGUUGCGCCUUGCGCGUUUUUUCUGGGGGGGCUUGCCUGUUCGGGGCAGGGCAAAAUGGGAAUGGGUUUUCGCCCUUGCUGCU